AUGGGCUGCGCAGCCAGCGUGCAGACCAGCAGCUUCUCAAAAGUGGUCCCCAGUCCUCCCGACGCCGUGGACUCCGAGGGCGCCGCUGCGGUGGUGGCCCUGCGCCUGGAGCCCUGCGCCUCGCCGUGCCCGGCGCCCGCGUGGCCGCCGGCGCACCGCGUGCGGGUCGAAUCGCCGGGCGAGGACACGGUCAAGGAGACGGUUGCUGAGGAGUGCCCUCCGCCUACGUCGGAGAGCACGAAGAGUGGCGCUUCUUCCAAUGUGCUCUUUGAGAUCUUAGCGAAAGACCAGGUCGACUUCGACCAGGAGCAGCUCGAGGUCUUUAGCUCCUGGGAGGCCUCCCGUGGGCACGCGACGCACGGCCAAGCCCUGCCCCCGGGCCGCCCGGAGCACGACCGCCACAGCCGACACGUGCGGCGCUUCAUGCACGGUGCGCGGCGCUACCCGAUGCAGUUCCGGCGGAUCGUUGGACGCGAGGAGGAACUAGGGUGA